GUAGAGGGCUCCACCAUGGCAGAGCGCAGGGGAAACUGGGACAAGGAAGAGGACAACCUGCCGGUUUAUCUCGCCCGACCCGGCACAGCUGACCAGGUGCCCCGGCAGAAAUCCGGCGGCUUGUUUAACAGCGUCGAGGGCGCAUUUGAGAGUAAAUCCAUAGACUUUGAUGCACUGAGCGUCGGCCAGAGGGGCUCCCGCACCCCGAGGACCGCCAAACGGCAGGCGAAGAGCCCGGCGAGUGACAACAAGAUCUCCCCUGAUGUGGAAAGUCCCGCAGCAAACAGGCGAGGAGGGAGAGACUCAGAUCGGGUUGAGAUCACAACCAGCGGCGGUAAAGAAGUGUUGCAGAACCUGGAACAUGAAAAGAGCGACAGGCUUCUGAUCAAAGGGGGGAGGAUUGUGAAUGAUGACCAGUCCUUCCAUGCUGAUAUCUACAUGGAGGAUGGCCUCAUUAAGCAGAUCGGCGACAACCUGAUCGUGCCCGGUGGGGUGAAAACCAUCGAGGCCAACGGGAAGAUGGUGAUCCCCGGUGGCAUUGACAUCCACACCCACUUCCAGAUGCCGUACCGUGGAACCACAACCGUGGACGACUUUGCUCAGGGAUCAAAGGCUGCUCUUGCCGGGGGCACGACCAUGAUCGUGGACCAUGUGAUCCCAGAUCCUGGCUGCAGCCUGAUGGCGGCCUAUGACCAGUGGAGGCAGUGGGCCGAUGAGAAGAGCUGCUGCGACUACUCCCUCCACGUGGACAUUACCCACUGGAAUGACAGUGUGAAGCAGGAAGUGGAAAACCUCAUCAAGGAGAAAGGUGUGAACUCGUUCCAGGUCUACAUGGCUUACAAGGACUACUACCAGAUGAGUAACAGUGAGCUCUAUGAUAUAUUUACUUUCUUGGCGGAGAGGGGAGGCAUCGCUGAGGUCCAUGCUGAAAAUGGCGAGAUCAUUGCUGAGGAGCAGACCCGCAUGCUGCAGAUGGGUAUCACUGGACCAGAGGGACACGUGCUGAGCAGGCCAGAAGAGCUGGAGGCAGAGGCGGUGUUUCGUGCCAUCACCAUCGCCAGCCAAACCAACUGUCCUCUCUAUGUGACCCGGGUCAUGAGCAAGAGUGCUGCUGACAUCAUCUCACAGGCCCGGAAAAAAGGACAUGUUGUUUUUGGGGAGCCAAUCACGGCCAGCCUGGGGACUGAUGGGACACACUACUGGAGCAAGAAUUGGGCCAAGGCGGCUUCUUUUGUAACAUCCCCUCCUCUUAGCCCUGAUCCCACCACUCCUGAUUAUCUGAACACACUGCUGUCCAGUGGGGACCUGAGCGUGACAGGCAGUGCUCACUGUACCUUCAGCGUGGCUCAGAAGGCCAUUGGAAAGGAUGACUUCACUCAGAUCCCAGAAGGUGUUAACGGAGUGGAGGAGAGGAUGACCCUCAUCUGGGAUAAAGCUGUGACUACAGGUAAGAUGGACGAAAACAUGUUUGUGGCAGUCACCAGCACCAACGCAGCUAAGAUCCUGAACCUGUACCCUCGUAAGGGUCGGAUUGCCGUGGGCUCUGAUGCCGACUUGGUCAUCUGGGACACAGACUCCAUCCGCACCAUCACCGCCAAGACACACAACUCGGCUACCGAGUACAAUGUCUUUGAGGGCAUGGAGCUGCGUGGAGCUCCACAAGUGGUGAUUUGCCAGGGGAAGAUUGUUCUGGAAGAUGGGAACCUGCAUGUCACCUCUGGCGUGGGUCGCUUCAUACCCUGCUCUCCCUUCCCUGACUUUGCUUACAAGCGUAUUAAAGCCAGGAAGCAGCUGGCGGUCCUGAGGGCUGUACCAAGGGGAAUGUACGACGGCCCGGUGUCUGAAUUCUCCAUGUCCCGUGGUGGCACCCCCUCGGCCUCGGCACGUACCUCUCCCACCAAACAGCCCGUCAGAAACCUGCACCAGUCUGCAUUUAGUCUAGCAGGUAACCCUGCUCCAUGUGGCCCCCCCACCCCAGAUGACAUCCCCAUCAGGCCUGCUGGCCGGCGUAUUGUAGUGCCCCCUGGUGGUCGUUCCAACAUCACAACCCUCAGUUAAACGGCAGGAAGACGAGGGGAAGCGACCAGAAAACGACAGCAGCCAGAGUGCAGGAUAGAGGGGGGGAGGGAGGGGGGAGGGAGGGAGGAGCAGAUGCAGAGGACCAUGAUUAGUUAAAAGUUACAAGAACAAAAACACUGAAUCCUCAUGCCUUACCUGACACAAUGCUACCUUGCUCAGAUGAGAACAGUAUCCGUUUUCCCAUUUGAAGUUGUAUUAAAGUGGUUCGAAAUUGCUACUAAAAGAUAAAGUUACCACCAACGCACAAUACACAGGACCAGUCUUUAGCUUCACUUCAUCUCAGUAUAGAAUACACCACAAAUGCAGUGAAAACAUGUUCACUUUGUGCUUUGGAGUAAAAGAGCAGACCAUCACAUUCAACCAAGGAAGUAAACAGUGUUCUCAAAGGAAAAUGGAGUCCACUUUUCUCAGUAUGAUGCAAUGGUUCUUUCAUCCUGCUUGGCUUUCAAUGUCACCCCCUUUUCAGUAGCCUGCUUUCUCCAUAGUCAGCAAAACAUAACACUAGAUCCCACAUUAGCCAUGUAUUAUCAUGCAGUACCGUUGAUUAGCUCUAGGUGGCAUUGUAUAUAAGUUAGAUGUAAUGUAGCUUUGUGAAUGAUGUUGCAGCGUGUUUGGGUUUACUCGACCAAGUUAAAGGUAUUCAUCAAGUCUCAGAGCGGGAGUGCCAUUGGACAUGAAGCUGCAUGGGCCACAAUAACAUGGGGGAUAUGAUUCCUAAUCCUUUUGCCCACCCUCCUCUGAAGGGCUUGAUGAAUACUAUCCGUCGUGAUGUAUUGAGUGAAUAAUACUGAUGUUAAAAAAGGAAGACAGACACACCUGCUUAAGAAAAGAUUUAGCGAAGAAUAAAUAAUUUUCAUUUUAGAAAGGGUAUUUACAACCAAAAAGUUUAUGAGUUUUUAUUUCCUGCACUCCAUCUUGUCUGUAUAAAAAAGAAACAUUUUAAAAGAAAAUGUCCUUUGCAUUUGCUUCUAGCUUAUUGGCUGCUUCUGUCACCCUGAAAUAAUAUUGAAAACGAGAAUGGAGGAAGAAAGAUAAAAAAAAAAUACUGUUCACUACAAAUACACUUAACUGUCCUUUGUAGCUCAACCAUAACUUGUAAUGAUGCUCUUUGCAAUUGAGGGAAAAAAAGAAAACCAGAUGCAAUUAAAUUAAUAAGUAAAAAACACCUGCUUUCAGAUAACAGCACUUCACCUCCUGCUUUACUUUUUCAUUCCUGACGAACUGGGCUCUCAUUUUAGAACAAGAGGAAGACCAUCAUUCUCUUGUCAUUUUAACAAAGCCCUCUGUUGCAAUCCUGACCAAUACUAAUACAACAUAAGCCUGAAUAUAACUAUGGGCCUAAGUAAGUUUACCUGAGACACUCUGAGAGAACUGAUUGUGUUGGGGCGCCUUUGAGCACUUUGUUUUCACGUCUCUGCUGUUUUCUGAUAAGGCAGAGGAUUGUGGUGCAGUAAGGGGAGCUUUUAUUUUGUCACUGUCCCACUGUGGGGGAGGGCGGGAAGGAGAGAGUAUUUUUUAUUUGGCAGUGGUGGGGCAGAUGCUGAGGCAGGCACAAGUGGUGGUUUGUUGUAUUUAUGUUUGACAACCUUUGGUAUUGUUUUUGUUAUUUCUUUUUUACUGUUGUAUCAAAACCCAGAAAUGGCAGGUCAAAAAUAAGGUGUGUUGUGGAGGUUAGAUUUGUUUCCUGAAUAAACAUGAGUUGCAACUGA